CCCACAGUUCAUGCGGUCACUGUCUACGGUGUAUGUUGCGUCCACCCUGGGACGUCGAGGAGGCAUUGUCGCGGAGGGGGGGGGGGGACUUGGACGACGUCGACGAGAGGUUACUAUGGGCGGAGCAACGACGGGAGCUGAGGGAGGGUCGAGAGGAAGCAAUCAGGUGGGGGGUGGAGCGUUUGAGGAUGGACAGGCAGGCGGAAGAAGUUGAGGAGCCAGAUGCGGGGCUUCCGUCUGAAGAAGACGACGACAACAACGAAGAAGGAGGGGACGGGAACGGGGGUCACGCCUCGCCAUCGAAGAACAGCGACAUGGGUGGGAAGGGCGGCAAGACGCAGGCGAAGAGCGGGAAUGGUCGUGGGCGGCCAAAGAAAGCACAAGCAAAGCCGAACGACGGUUACGGUGACGACGAGGCAGAGGAGAAGCGAAACUUUUGGAGUGUCGAACAUAUCAUCGCCCUCAUUCGGGCGAAACGCGAUCAGGAUGCGCACUUGCAGGGGAUGGGCCACGCAUACGGCCGGAUGAAGGCGAGGGAGUGGAAAUGGAAUGAUGUCGCCAGAAGAUUGAAGAAUGUCGUUGAGCGUAAGGAGAGGGCGAGCAAGGGCUUCAAUUUCAACAUGGAUCGCGCCGUUUACGACGAGAUUGAAGGGUCGACCGGUUUCAAUGAAACCAUGAACCCGAAAAACGUUGCAGACACUGGUGCCUCUCGCGGUGUGCGUUUGCCGUCCACGUCGAAUGGUGAUCCUGAAGCAGUUGGUGAUGCCGACGCCGGUGCGGGGGGAGACGAUGAGGAGGAGGGAUCGACUCGUGGUUCUUCCCACACGAUGGGCAGCCCUGGUGCAUUUGGAAAGAGGAAGAGCACGCGGCAGCAGACGUUCGAGGCAAUGACCGAUUGCAUGGAGAAGCACGGCGUGUUCGGACGGGAGGUCGAGUCAGAUUGGGUGGAUGAAGAGGAGAGACAGGAGGAGGACGCCGACUUCCAAGAAGAAGAGGAACAUACUCUUAAGAGGAAAGUUAAGCCGAGAACGAGGGGCGCUAUGCGGAUCAAAGUGGGGGCGGGUGACGCAGCAAAGGUGGCUCAUGAUCAGCCGCAGACGCCAUCGAAUAAGUGGAACCAACAGCCUGUUGGCGUGGCUAGCAGUUCUGAGGCUGUGAUCGACGUGUCUGUGAAGCAAUCCCUUGCGCCGCAGCCACGUGGGGAGGCAGUUCCGGUAGUGCGCGAAGUGGCGGAUAGUGUGAAGGCGGGUAAUGGCAGGGCGGUAGGCGAAGACGACGAAGCUCUGGUGAAGAAGCUGCGCGGGCAACGUGCGGAGGCGAAAGCGAUGGAGGUUGCCACGAAGCUAUGGACCGACGACAUUCGCUUCUGGAAUCAUACGCGGGGACACGAAAUCAUCCAGAUCAUGCACGAAGCCCGAGUUUACCUCGUUGACGUAGCGACGGGAGUGCAGCCAUCACCGAUCCGAAGGAGCAUCAAGCUCCCCCAUAGUUCAAUCCCGCAGAAAACGAUCGAAGACGGGUCGGAGUUGAGGGCGGCGAAGGAAAGGGCGUUAAAGGUGGAGACCAUUGCGAAGAGGGCGAUCUACGGCUGGAUUUCAAGUCCGAUCGCAGACACAAGGGGUAUCACUUGGCGUACCAGUACGCCUUGAACCACGCGGCGACUGACAUCGCAAGAGCGAUGUGGGCAUCGGAGGA